AUGUCCACUUCCAACAAGACGGUCGAGAAGAAGCCCGUCAAGUUCAGCAAUUUGCUACUUGGCGCUGGCCUGAACCUCUUCGAGGUUACCUCCCUUGGUCAGCCAUUGGAAGUUAUCAAGACAACCAUGGCCGCUAAUCGGUCGGAUACCUUUGCUGGAGCCAUGGGUCGGAUCUGGGGUCGUGGUGGCAUCCUAGGAUACUACCAAGGUCUCAUUCCUUGGGCUUGGAUUGAGGCCUCCACCAAAGGUGCUGUUCUUCUUUUCGUUGCGUCAGAAGCCGAGUACUAUGCCAAAACCUUUGGCGCAAAUGACUUUGUUGGUGGAAUUAGCGGCGGUAUGGCUGGUGGUAUUGCCCAGGCCUACGCUACCAUGGGCUUCUGCACAUGCAUGAAAACAGUCGAGAUCACCAAGUCCAAGAUGGCUGCCGCAGGCGUUAAGCCACCAAGCACAUUCGCUACUUUCAUGGACAUCUAUCGCCGUGAAGGUAUUCGUGGAAUCAACAAGGGUGUCAAUGCUGUCGCCAUUCGACAGACCACUAACUGGGGUUCCCGAUUCGGUCUAUCCCGUCUCGCUGAGAUCGGUAUCCGAAAGGCCACCGGGAAGGAAGAGGGCCAGAAACUCAACAGCCUGGAGAAGAUUGCGGCCAGUACCAUCGGUGGUGGAUUGUCGGCCUGGAACCAGCCUAUUGAGGUUAUCCGUGUCGAGAUGCAGAGCAAGACCGUGGACCCGAACCGUCCUAAGAACUUGACUGUCGGCAAGACCUUGAACUAUAUUUAUAGUCAGAACGGAAUCAAGGGUCUCUACAGGGGUGUGACUCCUCGUAUUGGUCUUGGUAUCUGGCAGACCGUCUGCAUGGUUGCCCUUGGAGACAUGGCCAAAGAAGCUGUUGAGAAGCUAACAGGAGAAAAAGUCACUGCUAAGCACUAA